AUGGUCGAAUUGUAUUGUCCUCCUCUUGAGUCAGCCAUCCGGAACGGAGAUUACAGAGAACUCAUCUGGAAAGUCGCCGACCCUGGUGACAAAUCUGAACGAGAAAUAGGUUAUUGUGAUGAAAAACUCAGCUGUACCAGAUAUAAUUCCCUGGGAAACUUUGAGAAACGUAUCACGAUCGAUCGUCCUGUAAAUGGAACAUUGUACGUGGAGCAGCGGAUCAAGGAUGACUUACUGACAUUCACAUGCUCUGUGCAAAGAAAACACAACAAACACCCACUCGUUUACCAAGUAAAUGUUUCCUCUUCCGUGAAUUGUAAGUAGAAUUUGAUGGAUAUUUUGUUUUUAUUUUUAUCCCUCAGUUAGUGCGCGAACUGUGAUUGGUUACCGGUUUAGCGGGCCGGAUAAAUCACUGUAAUAUACCGUAAAAUUCGGCCGCACCAUGUAUAAAAAUAUAAGCCCCCAUUUUCGUAAAGGUUAAAUCGCCCCUCCAAAUAUAAGUUUGGAAAAUUGCCCUCAAAUACAAGGUUUUCUCUAAAUUUACUUCUAACUAUAAGAGCCCAAUCGAUUUUGAAACGAAAUUUCCAGAUAAGCCCCUCCGAAUAUAAGCCCCUUCAAAAAUAAGCCCCUCAAAAAGACCCUUUGAAAAAUAUAAGCCCCGGGGCUUAUUUUCGGAAUUUUACGGUAUACGGGCCGAAAAUUUAAAGGUUUGCUUUCAGUUUGGUUGCAAUUUGUGAGAUUUGGACUAUAAUUAGUAUUAUAAGGGUUAAAGGAAUGUUUUUGACGACUCAAAGUCACGAUUUUGGACGCUCCUGUUUAUGAGUUGACGCACUUAGAUCAUUAACAGCCGUCCUGCUUGAAUUGAAAGAUAUAUAAUACUUUUCUCGAUCUGUACUGAAAGUUACGGAACCUUGGGCCAUUAAUCCGAGCGUAAAUACAACAUCUUGCUCUGAUUGGCUGAUAGUCACUAUAGUUCCAAACGUAUUAAAAUCGUUUUCAGCUCUGCAUUCGAAAUGUUUUUCAUCGAUGGAAACUUUCUCUUCCCGAAAGAUCGACAGCAGGAAACAAAAUUGCACUCGAGAUUUUGAAAGAGGUUGCGUUUGUAGGCUGUAAAUUUCAAGCCAAAUUCUGCAAUUUUGUUGGCCCUUUUUGAUUCAACCACCCACUUGAGAAAAAGCUCCCAUGUUGCCGUGCGACUGUUCAGAAAUAGAUCAAAAUAGAUCACAAAUAACGUCAAAAUGUGGUACGAACAUGGAACACUAGGCACAGGCGAGUGUGGAAUCCCUGCUAAAUGGGCAUGUGGGCCUGUGGUCCAAGUGAGCAAAGGCUGUUAAAAUGCAUGAACGUUUUCGUACAUUGAUCAAGGCUUUAUUUUCAUCUCUUCAGGCCUGACUUUAAUUGCAAAUCAAGCUUUUAACCUCUGCGGGGCACUAGGUAAAAUGGUCUCCAUUGGUAACAUUCAAGACAUGUGGUGGUACUGGAUCAAACGCGAUCGAAAAAUGCAGAAGAUUGCAUAUUGUAAUUCCGAGUCGUGCGUGUUCGAGGAGUGUAACAGUACCUGUCAAUCAAGGCUCAGGAUUGACGGAGCGACACUGGAAUUGACGGAAGUUAGGGAAGAAGACCGUGGUUUGCAAUUACAAUGCCAAAUAUUUCCCAAAUUCCAGGUGUACAAGAUGAAAAUCAGUGUUGUACUGCGAAAAGGUCAGUCCAACUUACAUCACAGAUCGCGAGUAAAUCCUUUAAGAGGGAGGUCUUUUUGUUGGGGUUUAAUUGAGAAGGAAAGAAAUUAGGGUAGAAAAGGUAUACAAAUAAACCGGUUAGUCAGCUAAUGAGCUUAAAUUAAGGCAUCCUGUUUUGAUGGUAGACUAUCUGGUAUAUUUGUCUACUAAUUAUUCUCUUCCCGUUUUAAUUUUCAACAACCCCCAAAUCCAGUAUUUUCCAUUUUCUAUAGUUUUAAUCAUUCCCCCAUUUCUAUCGAUUUCAUCUGGAUGGGCAUUCAUUGCUGAACUAAAUAUUUCUUUUUUUUAUUGACCUAGACUCUGUUAGCAGCACAAGUAGUACUCAUGGCAAGAAUGAAAAGGUGCCUCCUAACAACACUAAGACGACUCCCGAAACAUCAAGAAAGAGCAAAGCUGGGACCUAUGGUACACAAAACUCGGCAAGCAGCAGGACCUUAUUAG